AUGGUCGAGGCAGACAGGCACAUCAAGGAUCUGACCAUCAUCACCGAGUACGUCGGCGAGGUUGACUACCUUCGAAAUUGUGAGCACGACGACGGUGACAGCAUGAUGACUCUGCUCUUCGCCGAGCCGCCAUCCAAGAGCCUCGUCAUCUGCCCCGACAGGCGGAGCAACAUUGCACGGUUCAUCAACGGGAUAAACAACCGGAAGGCAUGA